AUGGUAUCCCCUACCACAGGAUCAAAACCAGGCGGAAGCGCCAGGAAAGGAGGCGGAAAGAAACCGCUUUCAGCUUACCACCAGUUCAUGAAGGAUGAAAUCCCCAAAUACAAGACCAAGAACCCGGACGCUCCGCACAAAGAGGUAUUCAAGAAGGUGGCUGAGAUGUGGAAGGGGGCGAAAUCGAAUCCAGCGACACAAAUUGGUUAA